UCUUCGAAUUAUGCAAAUAUUAAGAUAGUUAUAAAUCACCGACACGACACCGUUUUUCCAGUCAGUAAAACAAUGUUGUCACGCGUGUUUCUUGUUCUCGUGCUUCUGAAUUACGCGAUUUCUACACAAAAUGUUCAAGUCCCUACACCUCUUGGUAAAAUUUUAGGAACAACAUUAACAACUCGUUUAGGAAAAAGUUUUUAUGCGUUUCGAGGAAUUCGGUACGCGAAACCACCAGUUAAUGAACUCCGUUUUAAACCACCACAACCUGCUGAAUCGUGGACUGGAAUCUACAAUGCUACUAGCGAUGCACCGGCUUGCCCACAACCUGGUAGCAGCAGUACUACUCCCGUUUCGGAGGACUGUCUGUUUCUUAAUGUCUACACAACUAAGCUCCCUGCUGGAAGGAACAACCCUAAACGUCCAGUAAUAAUAUAUUUGCACGCUGGAGGAUUUUACAGUGUCACUAGUCGCAGCAACAGGGCGGGGCCGCAUUACUUAAUGGACCAAGAUAUAGUUUUGGUAACUUUAAAUUAUCGGUUAGGUACGCUGGGUUUCCUUAGUAUUGGCAAAGAAGCACCUGGAAAUAAUGGAUUAAGAGAUCAAGUACUAGCAAUGAAGUGGGUUCAAAAUAAUAUAGCAUCAUUUGGUGGAGAUCCAAAUUCUGUUACUCUCUAUGGGUACAGUUCAGGGUCCCGGAGUACCACUCUCCAUAUAGUUUCUCCAAUGUCGCGUGGUCUGUUCCACAAAGCUAUUCUUGGCAGCGGGUCUGCACUGGGACAUUGGCACAUGCCCACAAAUCAGUUGGAUUUAGCCAAAAGGCAGGCUAGAAUUGUAGGAUGUCCAGAUGAUAAUGCAACAGUAAUAAUAGAUUGUCUAAGAAAAACACCUGCAGAAGAAUUGGCAAACUCGUUUUUCCAACUUACUGAAUUUGGAUUCGAUCCUAUACUGAUAUGGACACCAGUUAUUGAAGAAGAUUUUGGACAAGAACGAUUUCUCCCAGAUCAUCCAAUUAAAUUAAUUAAAAGUGGAAAAUUCGCACAAAUUCCUGUAAUAGCAGGAAUUACCAAAGAUGAGUUUGCUCAAAGAGCUUUUCCUGUAUUAGCUAAUGCUACUUUAUUGCAACAACUCAACAGCGAUUUUGAAACUUACGCGCCAAUUAUGUUUAUUUACGAAAGGGGAACCAAGAAAUCAAAAGAAGUCAGUAACAGUGUACAUCAGUUUUAUUUUGGUGUCGAUCCGAUAAAUAAUGCGUCUUUACAAAAUUUAGGAAAUGCAUACUCUGAUUCUAUUGUUGGGUUUCCAAUCAACAGAGCUGUUGAUUUAUUAUCUACAUACAGCAGUAAGCCGGUAUAUUAUUACCAAUUUACUUAUCAAGGACGGUAUAGUCACUUUUAUCGUCCUGACUCUAACGGAACUAUACCAAAUGGUGUGGCUCAUCAUGACGAUUUAAUUUACUUGUUCUACAUUUCCACAAGGUAUCCAUUUUUUAAUGCUAGCUUUCCAGAACGUAAAAUGGUAGGAACGUUAACUUCCCUUUGGGCUAAUUUUGCUACUACAGGUGAUCCAGCUGACUGCAGUCAUAACGAAAACAUUGGCAACAUUGAGUGGACACCGUAUGACACAACCACGAAAAAAUACUUGGAAAUUGGAGAAAAACUCACUCUUAAAGAAAAAUUGUUCGAGGAUAGAUACUCAUUUUGGAGAAAUUUAUAUCCACUUUCUUAGAACUUGUAGAUUUGACUUAAUUAAAUUGAAUAGAACAACGAUUAUAAAGGUUUAGGAUAAAAAAUAACUUCCGAAUUAUUUAAAAAUUACGUUUAUUUUUAUGUGUAGGUAUGUAAUGUAUAAUAAUAAUGAUUAGAAGAGAUUCAA